AUGCUCCCUGAGCAACGGUACCGUUCGUCAGAUGUGACCAAAGAGGACAGAUUGGUCCUUUUUUUGAUGAAAUUGAAGUUGGAAAUCAGCUUAACAGCACUGGGUGCCAUCUUUGGCAUCAGGAAGUCGACUGCAUCGAGAGUCUUUAGGGUAACACUAGAUUGCCUGAGUGUGAAGCUGGCCAACUGGGUGUUUGUGCCUCCUCGACAAACAAUCAAGGACACACUCCCAGUGUGCUUUAGGGAGCAGUACCCGAAGUGUACAUUCAUUAUUGAUUGUACUGAGGUCCGUACUGAAACGCUUACAGAUGCAGAGGCACAGCACUAUCUUUACUCACAUUAUAAAGGGUGCUACACUUUGAAGUGGCUUGUGGCGAUCCUUCCGAACGGAAUGGUAUCGUUUCUUUCAGGGGUCUACGGUGGAAGACAUUCAGAUUCUUUUAUCACUCGUGAUUCUGGAUUUUUGACCCUCGUGGAGCCAGGCGAUGUCGUCAUGUGCGACAAAGGCUUUCCUGCCAUAAAAACAACCGUGGCGGAAGAGGGAGCUAUCCUCGUGAUGCCGCCAUUCAAUGUGGGAGGAGGGCAACUGUCUAAGCAAGACGUGGAAGACACUUUAACUAUUGCACAAGUGAGAGUCCAUGUUGAAAGAGCUAUCCAAAGGCUCAAGCUUCACAACGUUUUAACGAAUCGUGUACCACUUUCUUUGAUCCCGCACAUGGAGAAGGUGAUGAAGGUGUGCGGCGGGCUAGUGAAUAUGCAGAGCCCAAUCAUUAGGACUUCAACGAAUGUUGACUGUCUUGGGCUAAAUCAGGGCAGUGUUUCAAAACUUCGUCUUAAAAACAUGAUAUAA